AUGAACCCUAAUAAAUAUGAUGAAGCGGUUCAAAAUUUAAACCAUGAAAAAUAUUUAUUAAAUCAAUUAAAAAGAAGAUCAAUAAAUAUAUUUGAAAAUAAUACAGAAAUUGAAUAUUUUAUACCAUCUCCAACUACUAAUACCAACAACAAUAAUACUUUACAAAUACCUCAAGAUAAUGAGAUUUUUUAUGAUUGUAGUGAAGAAGAUAUAAAUUUAAAUCAAGUUGAAUCAUUUUUAGAAAGAAAAUUAUCAAAAAAAUCUAGAAAAUCUUGUUUAUCAAUUACAGAUUCUGAUUUCAAUGAAAAUAGGAAUAAUGAGGACAAUCAUAAAGAAUUAAAGGAUAUUAAUGAUUUAAAUAUUUCAUCACCUACAAUAUCACCCGAGAAAGACUCAAUUAAAUCAUUAUCAUCAAAUUCUUCAAAUUCACCACUGAAGAAUUCAUCAAAUAGAAACUCUUGGUAUAAUAAUAAUCACAAUAAGAGAUUAUCAACUCCAUCAAUAAAAGAAUUAUCAAUUGAAUUAAAAAGAAUCUCCAAGAAUGAAACUGAUCCUACUUUUUUAUCAACUACUGGAUAUACAGAUAUUGAACAACAAGCGUAUAAAGAAUUAAAUAAUAAUACUUUACAUCAUCAUCCUGAUCAACAACAACCUUUUCCACCUACACCAGAGAACAACAAAAGUAACAUUGAACCACAAGAUUCUCCAUAUGCAAAUGAAUUUCAAUUACGUCGUAGUAAAAAUACUUUUAAAUCUAGAAAAGCAUCAACAUCAUCGUCAGCGUCAAAUUCUCAUGAAGAUCAAACAUCAUCACAUAAUGCACCCAAUGGUAGGAAUUUGAAUCCAAUAGUACCUAAAAAACUUGAUAGGACAAUACCAAAUAUACCAAUGGCUAAAUCAAAGUCUGGAGAUUUGGAAAUGGAUCAUUUUCGUUACAACCAAAAUUAUAAUAGAAUGAAUGAUCAACAUCGAUACCAACAACAACAGGCAUCAAAGCAAAAGCAACUACCACAGCAUCCUAUUCAAUCAAAUCAUCAUUACCCACAACAACAAAUGCAUCAACAUAGACAAUUACCUCCAAAACAACAACCACAAGUUUUACAAAAUAGAUCAACUACAAAUCAACAAUCAUACCCACAACUUUAUACCCAACAACAAAAACAAAAACCAUCACUGCAUAGAAAUCCAUCACCGCAUUCACAACAUCAUUUAUACCCACGUCAAUCUCAUCAAAGACAACAACCAUCAAAUGAUCGGAUACAACAACAGAAUCCAUUACCUUCAAAACCUAGUCAAAAAAGAUUACCAUCUGCAUCAAAUACAAAUAUUAAUGACUUUAUGAUACAAACACCUACAACAAAUUCAAGAACAAAACAUCGUCACAGGGUUCAAAGAAAUGAUUUAGAUCAAUCGAACAUGUAUUUUCAGCAUCAACAAAAUCAACAGCAACGACAAAAACAGCAUAGAUCUCCUAAAAAUCAGGCACCAUAUAAUUUCAAUAAUUCAAUUCCACCUAGAUCACAGCAAUUGCAUCAAAAUUUAGAUUUAUUAAGAUCAGAAAUCAAUGAAUUCAAAGAGAGCUUGAAUAAAUCAACUGAUGAUAAGAAUGAUAAAUUUAUGGAGAAUGAUUACCAAAACUUCAAAUCUCAACCUUUAAAUAAUCAACAAAAAUCAAAAGAACCACUGCCACCUAAAAAUCUUUCAAAUUCUGAUAUUAGUUUCGAUGUAAGUUAUCAAGAUUUAUCAACUGAUGAUCCUUUGGGAAUGGAUAAAUCAGUGUCACCACCAUCUACAGAAAAUGUCACCGAAAGCCCUACGUUAAAAGUCGACGAGCAAAAGGAUACAUUUGAAGAUAAAUCCAUUAAACAAUCAACACCUGAUUCUUCACCUAAAAAAGAAUUUAGAAUAAAUGUCCCACUUAAUCAAUCAUUAUCACCUGAAAAAAAAAUCACUACCUUACCAUCAUCUACUGAAAAUAUAGAAAAGGAAUUUGUCUCACAUUCAACUCCUCAAGUUUCUCCUGCCAAAUCUAAAAAACUUUCAUCACCACCACCAGAAAUAGCAUCACCGAAAAGAGAAGAAGCUUGUGAGAGUACACCAUUAAAACAAUCAACACCAGAGGCUGAGGCUGUUCCAAUUGAUGAAGUGGAUGAUAUUUUUGCUAAUAUUCCUACCGUUGAUAAUGACUUUUUAGAUUAUCAUGAUGAAGAAGAUGAGGAAGAUAAUCAAGAAAUUGCAUACCAUCCAGAGAAUGUUAAAAUUCUUAGUGAAAAUGACAUUGAAAUAUCACCAAAAUUCCAAGCAUCACCUAAAUUUGACGAUUUUGAGUUAAUAGAAGAUGAUCAAUUUGAAAAAUCAAACUUAUCCAAAAAAUUAUCAUUUCACCAACAACACAAAGAACCAACUAAUCCCUCUAUAAAGACAACUUCAAAACCAACUAAAGUUAAUACCAAAUUAUUCAACAAAGGAAGUGUCCAAAUUAUUGAUUCAAAUAACUAUGAAGAAAAAAUGGGACUCAAGAAGAAGAAAAACAAUAAUAUUGAACCAACUACCACCGAUUCAUCAAAAAAUUUAAAAAAGAAGAAAAGUUUUGGAAUAUUAUCAUCUUCAUCACCAUCAAUUGCAGAUAAUAUUGAUGAAAAGAAAAACCUAAAAAAGAAAAAAAGCUGGAAUUGGUUAAGAGAAAGAUCAUCAAGUUUAUCAUCGAUGGACUCAAACUCAAGCCUUAAUAAUCAUGUUCAACCAGUAAACAAUCAAUCCAAACCAGUAAGAUCAGUUUCAAACCCCGAGAGUAACACACAUAAUGAAGAAUCGUCUAUAUCCUCCGAUAAAGAAAAUGCUUUCUCAAGAUUAUUUAAAAAAAAAUCCAAGAUUAAUCUUAAUCAUGUUAAUAAGUUUAACGAUUCAAUAAAUUCAAAUUUGAGUAAUAAUGGUGUUGUAUUAGUUAAUGAAAAAGUUCCUUCAAUUAAAAAGAAAUCAAGUGGAUUGUUUAAAAAGAGAACUAAAAUCAAAUUAGAUGAAGCACUUAUCAAUAAUAAUGAUCAACAACAACAACAGCAACAGGAUCAACUGGCAAGAUUAGAUGACGACAAAGAAAAUAGAGAAGCACGAAAAUCAAUCGAAACUUCAUUAAAUGGUCAUGCAUCAUCAAAAUUAAAUAAUCAAAUUGAAUUAACAGAUUUGGAGGCAUAUAAUGAAGAUAUAGAUCAACCACCAACAGAUAUUACCAAUUUGGAAGAUGAUCCAAUUACAGCACCAGUUGAGAAAGAUGAAAAUGUAUCAAAUGAUUUACUGGAACAAGGUGAAGAUCAAAUAGCAUUUAAUGAUAUGAUGAAAAGAAAUCUGUUACUGAAACAUCAAAAUAGAAUUUUUUUGACUACUCGUAAAUCCCAACAAGAAGAUCAACAAGAAGAACAACAAGCUGAAGAACAUAUAAUCACACCAAAAGAAGAAGAAUUAAAUAACUUAGAAUCAUCUCAAGAAUUCGAAACAAUAAUCACAUCAGAAGAAGAAGAAGAAGAGGAAGAAGAACUUAAUCCACUUGAAAUAUCAUCAGACUUAGACCAAAACAAAGAAACCACAGCAGAACUAGAUUCAAAAAAUAAAUUAGACAUUCAAAAUCAACUUAAAAAACAAAUCAAACGGACAUCAAAAGCAAAUCAACCAAUACAAUUUACUGAUUCAGCUUUUGGAUUUCCUUUACCACCACCUUCUCAAUCAACUAUAAUUAUGUUAGAUUAUAGAUUCCCAGUUCAUGUUGAAAGAGCCAUAUAUAGAUUGUCACACUUAAAGUUAGCUAACCCCAAAAGAUCUUUAAGAGAACAAGUCUUAUUAAGUAAUUUCAUGUAUUCUUAUUUGAAUUUGGUUGAUCAUACUUUACAAUUAGAGCUGGAAUAG